AUGUCGUACAAUCGAUUAGACUCGUACGGCAAGGAUGCCCGUCGCUCUCCCACUAUGACCCCCCACAAUAUAGACGACCGAACCGCAUCGCCGGGUCAGCCGUUGAACACAUACCAACUUUCAGAUCGACCGUAUAUGCAGGAACAUCUGCAGAUGCCUUCCAGUGACCGUUUGGCAGAGCAGCCCACCGUGAGUGAUAUUGCACAGACAAAUGAUUGGACCGAUCAAUUGACGCUGGACACGUACCAGUACUCCGUCGAACGAAUUCCCAAUUCCUACGGCCAUAAUGAAACGUACGAGCAGCAUCAUCCCGAGACUUAUCCCGGUUAUGAAUACAGCGUGAACCCCGAAGCACACCACGACGCAUACUACAAUCGACCCUAUGAACCCACAGCUACCCCACACGACGAUUACGACCUAGGACAGUAUCCUGAGCAGCAACAGUCCUACCCAGAUGACCAUGUCCCCAUCUUACAAGCAGACAAUCCAUUCGGGCCGGACCCAUACAGCGACGAGUAUCACGACGAGCCUUCUGUUGUCCCCACUCCGAGCCCAGCUCCGAUCCGUCGGUGGAAGACCGUCAAGGAAGUGCAGCUCUUCCACGGCAAUCUUGUUCUCGACUGUCCCAUUGCACCCAAAUUGCUCAGUCAGGUUCCUCACGCCGAACCACCGGGUCGUGAUGAAUUCACCCACAUGCGCUACUCGGCCGCGACUUGCGACCCCGCGGACUUUUACGAGGAACGAUUCACAUUGCGCCAGAAACUGUUCGCGAAACCUCGGCACACGGAGCUUUUCAUUGUGAUUACGAUGUACAACGAGGACGAUUUCCUGUUUGCUCGGACGCUGACCGGUGUAAUCAAGAACAUCGAAUACAUGUGCUCCAGAACACAUAGCAAGACCUGGGGCAAAGAUGCCUGGAAGAAGAUUGUGGUCUGUGUGAUCAGUGAUGGCCGUGCCAAGAUCAACCCUCGGACUCGGGCGGUGUUGGCUGCUCUGGGUGUGUACCAGGACGGUAUCGCGAAGCAGCAGGUCAAUGGGAAGGACGUGACAGCCCAUAUCUACGAGUAUACCACACAGGUUGGGCUCGAGAUCAAAGGAACGCAGGUGCACAUGAAGCCGCGAAGCGGGGUUCCAGUUCAAAUGAUCUUCUGCUUGAAGGAGAAGAAUCAGAAGAAGAUCAACUCGCACCGUUGGUUCUUCCAGGCGUUUGGUCGUGUCUUGGACCCCAAUAUUUGCGUGCUGCUGGACGCAGGUACCAAACCAGGCCGUGAUUCAAUCUACCAGCUCUGGAAAGCGUUUGACGUGGAACCCAUGUGCGGAGGAGCCUGUGGCGAAAUCAAGGUCAUGUUGUCCCAUGGAAAGAAGUUGCUGAAUCCACUGGUGGCUGGGCAGAAUUUCGAGUACAAGCUCAGCAACAUUCUCGACAAGCCCCUGGAAUCCGCCUUCGGGUUCAUCUCCGUGCUUCCAGGUGCUUUCUCCGCCUACAGAUACGUUGCGUUGCAAAAUGACAAGAACGGCCAGGGUCCCCUGGAGCGUUACUUCUUGGGAGAGAAGAUGCACGGUGCCAAUGCGGGUAUCUUCACCGCCAACAUGUACCUGGCCGAGGACCGAAUCCUGUGCUUCGAAAUCGUGACGAAACGCAAUUGCCGCUGGCUUUUGCAGUAUGUCAAAUCCUCGACAGGUGAAACCGAUGUGCCAGAUCGGAUGGCGGAGUUCAUUCUGCAGCGACGCCGAUGGCUGAACGGUAGUUUCUUCGCAGCCGUCUACGCCAUUGCCCAUUUCUAUCAGAUUUGGCGCAGUGAUCACAGCGUCAUGCGUAAGUUUAUGUUGCUCAUUGAGUUUAUCUACCAGACGAUCAACAUGAUCUUUGCGUGGUUCAACAUUGGCAAUUUCUUCUUGGUUUUCCACAUUCUCACAAAGUACCUGGGUGAUGAAGAUCUCCUCGGCACUGUUGGCAAAGUAUUAGGCGUGGUUUUUGAGUGGCUCUACCUGGCAACCCUUGUGACCUGCUUCGUUCUCUCACUCGGCAACCGUCCAGGUGGCUCGAACAAGUUCUACAUGACAAUGGUCUACUUCUGGAUUGGUAUCAUGAUCUACUUGACCUUUGCAGCGAUCUUUGUAACCGUGAAAUCGAUACAGAAGGAGGUGGCUGAGAACUCCUUUACCGUGGGGGACCUUUUCAGCAACAAACAAUUCUUCUCGAUCAUAGUCUCGCUUGGGUCAACGUACGUCAUGUGGUUCCUUGCGUCGCUGAUUUUCUUCGACCCCUGGCACAUGUUCACCUCGUUCAUCCAAUACAUGUUGCUCACGCCGACCUACAUCAACGUGCUCAACAUCUACGCCUUCUGCAACACCCACGAUAUCACAUGGGGUACUAAGGGCGAUGACAAGGCUGAGAAGCUGCCUUCGGCGACUAUGAAGCCAGGCGGCAAAGUGGACGUCGACAUCCCCCAAGACGACGGCGAUCUGAAUGCGCAAUACGAGAUCGAGCUGGCCAAGUUCGCGCAGAAACCACCCAAGGAAGUCAAGUCGAUUUCGGAAGAAGAGCGUCAGGCCGAUUACUACAAGGGUUUCCGCAGUGCAGUCGUACUUGCCUGGGUCUUUUGCAACUUUGCCCUGGGAGCGGUGGUGCUGAGCGCUGCCGGCCUCGAGCGCGUAAGCAGCGACGGUACUACCAAGGAGACCACAGAUGACGGGAGGGCCUCGAUCUACAUGGCAGUCGUCCUAUGGAGCGUGGCUGGUCUCUCGAUAUUCAAGUUUCUCGGCGCCAUGUGGUUUUUGGUCGUUCGGUUGUUCCGAGGUGUUUGA